AUGAAGAUAGUGAUGGAAGGGCCCCCGAAAGGGGGCAAGACGACCGUCGCGUCUGUGGUGAAGGAGCGCUACGGCCUGUGCUAUGUGUCCACGAGCGAGGCCGUGCGAAAUGCGGUGCGCCUCGGCAAUAGUGCUUACAGCUCCCAGCUGAAGCAGCUGAUCGAUAAUGACGAGCCCAUUCCCGAUUCGCUUGAAGUGAAGGUUGUCAGCGAGGCCACGAGGCGGCCGGACUGCGUUAAUGGCUUCGUGCUGGACGGUUUUCCGCGCACCCGCAAGCAGUCGAGGCUGAUGCAAGAUUUGGAAAACGUAAAAGUCGACAUUGUGGUCGCGCUGGAGAUUUCGGACAGUGAGCUACAGACUCGCUUCGGCGGUCGCUGGUACCACCCCAAGUCGGGACGCAUCUAUCACACCUUCUACAACCCGCCCCUGACUGCAGGCAAGGACGACUACACCGGCGAGCCGCUGGUGCAGCACUUAGAGGACACGCCGGAGAGGAUCCGGCAGCGCAUGUCCCAGUAUCGCCAGCAGCUCAGCGAGGUGCGGAGCACCUUUGCCGGUAAUUCGUGGGUGACUGUGGAGGCAAGCGGCAAUGUGGAGUCUGUGCGGAACAACGUCUUCGCUGUGCUCGACCCUUUGUACUUUGCGCAAACCUCCAAGAAGGCGCCGAAGUCGUGGUGGAAAUUCUGGUGA